AUGGGCUUUGCACGGCUGGUGGCGGCGUCGGUGGUGUAUCCGACCCUCGUCGCGGUCCUCAUCCUCACUGGCCUGGUGGCCUACGCAACAAUCUUCACCGGCCGGGACUCUGCCCCGCACCACUGGAACGCCAACAAGCACGUCCACACCGACGGCCUCACCUUCACGUCGGUGGAGACGAACGGGGUGCGGCUGAACGUGAUUGAGGCGGGCGAUCGCGCUUCUUCGUCGAAGAAGCUCGCCGUCCUGCUUCAUGGCUUCCCCGAGACGGCGCUCCUCUCCUGGCACGAGCAGAUCCCAGUGCUCGUGGCUGAGGGCUACUUCGUGGUGGCGCCUGACCAGCGCGGCUACAACCAGAGCGCAAAGCCCGAGAGCGUGGAGGCCUACUACAUCGACCACCUCGCCGACGACGUCAAGGGCCUCCUCGACCACUACGGCUGCACCAAGGCCGUGAGGCACCCGGAAGCUGUGGAGAAGCUCGUGGUGAUGAACGUGCCGCACGGCCGGGCAUUCAAGGAGCACCUCAGCUCGAGCCUCUCGCAGCUGAUGAAGAGCUGGUAUGUCUUCUACUUCCAGCUGCCCUACCUGCCCGAGCUCAAGCUUGCCCAUAACAACUACUCGUUCCUGCAAGGAAUUCCGGCCGGUUCAGGGAUCGUUGGCAAAACCUUCCCGCUGGACAGCUUGCCCAGGUACAUGCAGGCGUGGAGCGAGCCCGGCGCGCUCACCGGCAUGCUCAACUGGUAUCGCGCCACCUUGCGGUAUGCCAAGCGCGCUAACGGGGUGGACCCGACCAUUCGCGUCCCGACCCAGAUCAUCUGGGGCAAGAAAGCGCCCCGACUGCUGCGCGGCUCUGAUGGGUGCGCCGUCGAUAUCGCGCUUGACUCAGAGAUGGUGGAGAAGUCGCUCGCCUUCUGCGCCCCGGGCAUGUGCAAGGCGACCUAUUUCGACGACGCCACGCACUGGGUGCAGCACGACGAGCCCGAGAAGGUCGCACACCUCCUCACCUCCUUCCUCUGCUCCUAA